AUGAGUUCACAUGGAUGGGUAUGUUCGCUCUCGAUCCCGCUGCGAGCGUCGAGCGUUCUGGUGUUGUCAAAUUUUCACUUCGCAACAGGUGCCGUGUCAGAUUUGUGGCCAAACCCGCUGUAUGGCUUCACGAACAACAACAGGCUGGGCAGCACUCCAAAACGGGAUGCCGUCGACAGCGACUUCAGGCACUACUACCAUUUGGCGGCAUUGGAAUUGCUGCUAGUUCAUCAUGGAUUCAGGCCAUGUGAAACUACUUUAUCGUCGCAGCAAGACAUGCGCCAGCUGGAGAAGACAAUCUCGGCGGUUGAAGCUUUUCAGAGAAACCGCAGCUUGCCGUCGAACCCCUUCGGCCUGAAUGGCCCCUUCUGGGAAGAGUUGGUGGUUCCAGUGAAGCCAGGUGACGAAAGUGCCGCGGUGCUUGCUCUGCACUGGCUGGUUCAAUCUACCUCUCAGGUCUCCAGGCCACCACUGUGGGACACAAUAGAGGUGGAACGACAUCGGUGUCAAGCCCAGCUGGAUUCCUCGAUGCAGGCAAAAAUUCAAGGAAGUCUUGCUUCUGAUGCGGAGCUCAUGGCUGAGUUGAACGCUUCAUGGUCAGAAGGACUCCCCUCCUCGAUGUGGCACCAUCUCCUGCAACGUGCAGAGCAACGGGUAGCUUCCGGGUGCCUGGGCCGUGCCUUCGUGGCCAGGGCCUUCGGCGUGGCAUGGGUCUUUGUUUGGUGCUUGAGUGCUGGCUUCUUCGUGUUUUUCCACAUCGAUGGUUGGAAUCAUGGAAGCUCCGAGAAAGCAUGCAUGGAACCGAAGACGUUCCGCAAAGUUCUCAGAUUUGGCCACGAAGUGGCCUUGCUUGGUGUGGUGACGUUGAGUCACAGCUUGUCUGUGCUCGGACUUUGGUCUUUCCCAUCUGACCUGGUUUCCCAAGUAUUCGUAGGCUUUCAGAUCACGGCGGCUUCAGUUGUUGCCGUGCGUCUUGCCGCAAAGCGGGAAAGGCGCCUGCCGCCUGAGAAGAAUUGCAUCAAGUACUCGGCGAAUGUCUUGCUGAUGGUCCUUGCCUUUCUGUUCUACUGCCUGGUGAGCUUGGUUCCAGGGCUGAAUGGGCUCUGGUACGCGGUAUUCCUAGCCGGGCUGUUGGCUGCUUGGUCCAUCGCCGUGCUGGUCAUCGUGGACUGGAACCGCGUCAUGAAGUGUGCCCUGUUCUUUGCAAUGUGGAUACUGGCAUUCGCGGCUCCAACGUUGCUGUCCCUUCUUGUAGGUUUGCUUGGAACCUUCGGAUUUUGGCUUUCUGUGUUCACUCCUGUGCUGUUGCUGCUCUUGUCUCUAGCGGCUGAGCGGCUGAUAGGCCCUCUGAUAGAAGCAAAGUGUGAAUAUACGGCCGAAACCAACUGGAUGCUCGCACUUCUGUUCAGGAUGUGCAUCGAGCAGGUCCGGUUCAACAGCGCCCUUGCGGUGUUGCUCCUCUCGCUCCUUGCUCAGAGGGGAUUCGGCCCCUUCCUCCUUCACCUUGUGCAGAGCUUCCUCUUCGCCGUAGUGCUUCGACGGCCAAAGUGUGCGUGUACGCCCAGAGAUGCAUUCGCCUCGGCUCCUCAUGGUGCCUUCUGCCGCUACUUGUUUCAUGCAUCGCAGAUCGUCUCGCACACAGGCUCCGGAGCCAUCUGGCAGUACAGGUCGGAAGCCGUGGUUCUGCCUUUGGAGAUUGUGCUGUUUUUGACUCACAUGUUCCAGCUGCUCCUCGUGGGGAUGCCGGUCGGCAUUUCGGCAUCGUCCUGGUGGUUGGGGCUGGUGUUGCUGGUUUUGUUCUCGAUGGCCAGAGAGGUUUUAUCGGGUGUGCUUUCCAUCUGGCGUCGGAUGCUCUUCCCCCACAUCCCUUGGUCAGCCCUUCCUGGCCAUCUGAUCGCCAUUGUCGUCGGCGUCGCUAUGGCCACCUCCACUUUCUCACAAGUGCAUUUCUUCUGGUUCUUCUACGCCCACCACUGGGCUGUGUGCUACAUCGGGGGCCCUUCAAGCACCGGCAUGGAGGUGGUUGAGGACAAGGAUGCCGUCGGAAGCAUCAUGACGGGCGUGAUUGGCGUUGUGCUCCUUUUCGCCCAUGUGUACUCGUUCUGCCUGUGGUCGCUGUGGCUUGGGCGGUUGGAAUGGGCCCGGCAGCCUUCGAAGGAACGGAGCAGGAACAAGCAAGAGCUGGUGCAGGCCUUCAGGCGGUCUGCGAGCCUUACCCUGGACGAUCGGCAGCAGAAGAAGGCAAUGCUGGUGCGGGUGAAUUCCAUGACUAUAUCAGGUCUAGCCGCCAGCUACAGUGAGAUCCCCGACGACGAGGAGGAGACAGAGAAGGACGAGGCUUUUGAAGAGAAGCGUUUGGGAAGCGCCUGGGAACGUACCCUGACCUAUCUCUGGGAAGAGAGGGACGGCGAUUCGCCGAGCAGCCUUCCAGGAGUUCCCCAAGACGAAGGCACCACGCAAGAAGGAGGGCCUGUAAGAAAGACUUCAUCCACAGACGCCACUGUCGGUGUAGAAAGCCAUCGCCCUACACUGUUGCUCGAGGUGCCCGUAUCGGAGACUGCUGCCCAAGAAGAGGUGCACGAGCUUGCUCUGACUCCCGACUCUGAGCACGCCAAGCUCUUGAACCAGGUUUUGAAGGAGGUCCAGUCCAUCCAGCCCGACCUGCCUGAUCACAUGGAGGUUCCAGAGGUUGGCCUCCAGUGCGUGGAGUCGGAGCAGAGCCAGGCGAUGUCAUGGACUCUCAACGGCACCGAGGUGCAAGCGCUUCUCGGGGACACGAGCACUGAGGAUCUACGUGCAGCCGGCGUCGGCGAGGAGGCCAAGAGCCCUCAGGCGCUGAGCGGAUCUCGUACUCAGGACGACCUUGAGAGGCACUUGAAGGAUCUCAUGGCCGGGGCAGACGUCGCGCAGGUGGUGACGAAGCUAGCGGAGCCCACGCCAAUGGAGGAGCAAGAGGAGGAACGAGCGCGACGCGAGGAGGAAGAGCGCCGAGCGGAGGCCGAGAGGGCCGAAACUGAGCGCCGCCAGGAAGAGGAGCGACUGGAAGAAGAGAGGCUCGCCAAAGAAGCGGCUGAUCGGGCGGAGCGUGAGGCGCGCGCCCGCGAGGUGGAGGAGGCGGCCGAGCGAGAGCGCCUGGAGCGCCUGGAGCGGGAGAAGGCCGAGGCCGCGGCGGCUGCGGCGGCUGCGGCUGCGGCGGCUGCGGAGCGCGAAGUCGCAGAGGAAGCCCGGCGGGAGGCGGAGCGAGCGCGGGCGGAGCGCGAAGCGCAGGAGGCGGCGGCGCGCGAGGCGGAGCGACGGAAGCUGGCUAUGGAGGCAUUGUGUGAAGCGAUGGCGAGCCGAAGCAAGGAGCAGAUCGAGAUCUGCCUGCAGACAGCGGAGGAAGAUGGGAUCCCGGAGAAGGACGUACAAGCUGCAAGGGAGCUUUCGGCUCGCUGGUCGCGGUCGCUGUUUUGUCAGGAGGCGGAGGCUGCUGUGCGGGUGCUUCACCAGAUCGCCGAGAUGGAGGCGAUCCGCGCUGCUGAGUGCGGAGCUCAUGUAACUCUUCGACGAGCUGCCAGAUCGGAUCCGAGGCAUCGCCUGCGGGGAGCCUGUGGCGACGGGGAUCCCGAGGAGAUUGUCCGUGCCAUCGCCCACGCGACAGAGGUGGGUGUGGGGCGAGACACCAUAGAUGCGGCCAACGAGACACUGUCCAAGAUCCGAGAAGAGAUCCAGACGCGGGAAGCAGCCACGAAAAGGACUGGCAAGGCCUGCCGGGUUCCUCAGGCGGACCUUCAGGCAGCAGCAGAGUCUCUUCAAGUUCUCGAAGGCCUUCGCCGUCGGGAGCUCGCCACAGAGGCCUUGAUGCAGGCCCUGGAGUCUCAGGACCUCCAGGCCGCCAAGAAGGCCUACAGCCAUGCGAAGGAGUGUGGCCUUUCUGUGGAGGAGCUUGUCUCGUUCGAGCACCUGCUGCGAGACUUGUCUGACGCCUUGGAGCUUGCUGGCGACAAGGAACGGCUGAUGGAGCGGCGUGUUGCCGCGGCAGUGGAGGCGAAGAGCCAGGCAGAACGCAUGGAAUCCUCGGCUGAAGUAGAGAAGAUGCUUGGCGAAGGCGGCGUCAUUGUGGUGCUCAAGGAUGCCAUCCAAGAAGCAAAAAAAGCGCGGCUCGUGAGCAAGGGCGCCAUCGCCAGAGCGGAGGCUGUUGUCCCGGAGACGAUCGCAGAUCUCAAGCGCAUCAUUGCUGACAAGCAGCUGAACGAGAAGCGUGUGGCAGAGCAGCGUCUGCGUGGUGAGGUGGAGCUGGUGCAAGAAGCUGGGAUCCUCCAUGUUGGCGUGUUGGAGGGCUUGCGCAAUGCCAUUGCAGAUGCUACCCGCUUCAGCGCUGACGUCAGGGAUGCGGAGCAGGUCUUGGCACAACUGACGAGAGACCUCGAGAAGAUGACGCUGGAGGCCAAAGGCGCGCUUUCCCAGGCUUUCGAGUCUCGCAGCCCCGUGGAGAUCCGGAAAGGCAUCUCGGCCUGCCGGCAGCUUUUGCUGAACGAGGAGCAUGCCGGUGCCAUGGUGCAGCUUCGUAGCAUCACUGAAGAGGAUAUCGCCUCGGCUCGCAGCGAGCACGACCGAGAGUCCCGUAUGGCCCGGGUUGCCCUCCUGGAGCAAUUCGUGGGAAUUCUCCGGGAGAACGGUGACAAGCAGUUGCGGGGAUUCCACAACGACCUUCAGGACUUGAAGGGCGCACUCCGUGUCUUUUGCAGGGUCAGGCCCUUGAAUGGGCGAGAGAUCAAGAAGAAUGACACGAUCGCUGUGGAGAUCCUGGACUCAUUCACUGUUGCCGUAAACAAAUCCGAGACCGACAAGCAGGUCUUCGCGUACGAUGCCAUCUUCGGUCAAGGUAGCUCCCAGGCCGAUGUUUUCGUGGAGUGCAAGGGCUUGGCGCUGCACCCAGUCAGACGGUAA